AUGUAUUCUCCAGGGAAAACAACAGAUUUUCCUUUUAGUUUAUCGGAGGCAGAUGGAAUUUACAGCUCUGGACAAUCUGGAGUCAUUUCUGCUUAUUUUAAACCCAGGCGAGAUGGGAAUUUCGAGGUGGAAGUGAUCUUCGAGGUUGAUGAAGGGAGGGAAAAAAAUUUGAAGCUGAUGGGUCGAGGAAUUGAACAGAAGCUGAAAAUCAGGGGAGGAAAUAUCAGUUUUUUCCCAGCAAUUCCAGGAGUUACGAGUGAAGAAAGGGAAUUUAGUAUUAAAAAUGUGUCCAGGAGUCCACUGGAAUUCGGCUGGCAACAUCUCGAUGAGGUGGAAGUUCUCGAAGAGAGAAUCAUGAGGGUUCUCACUCAUUAUUAUGGUAGCAAAGAAAUUCUGCUGCCUGUUAGGCAAUUGGGAAUUGAUCUCCAUGAGAAGAUUUACAAAUUUUACGAUGAAUUGGUAGAGGAGAUGAAAUCGAAUUUUUCGACUGAUGCUAUUACAUCUCAAGAUGCAGCUUCUCAAAAUGAAGAGAAUUUCUUGAAAUUCGAUAGAAAUUCAGAAGGAAUGGAAGAUUUAUUGCAUGCCUAUAGUCAAUUGCAAAUCUAUCGGCAAAAAGUCACGGAAAAAAAAGAUGAAAUUGCGAGAGAAGAAAAAGAAAAGUUGUUAUUAAAACUCAAAGAUAUCGACGAAAUGUCUUUGCCAGAGUUUGAAAAACUUGGAGAAGAAGAUAAAAAUCUUUUUAUCGAAAAAGUUCAAAGACCGAGGAUUGAAGAGGCACGACUGAGGCGUAAGAAAUUCAAAGAAAAAAUGUCAAAAUCAGAAACCGAAGAACAACCACCACUUAAAUCCCCCAGUUCAUCCUCCCAAGUACAGCAACUGUCAUCAUUAUCGUCUGCACCUGAUAAGCCGAAGAAGUUUUCGAAGAAGACGAAAGAUACAGCAAAAGGCAAAAAAUCCUCUGGAGAAAUACAAAUUAAUAAAAAAGAAGAGGAAAUAGAAAGGACUAGUCGGAGAGACCAAGAAGAAAAAUUUUCAAAGGAUCAGCCGAUUGCAGAAGCUAUGGAUCUUUACACCAAAAAUUUAAAUACCAUCGCAACAAUGAUCGAUGAUAAAUCCAAUAUUUGGUUGAUUGCCUUCAGCGAUCCAUGGGAUCGAAAAAAUUAUCUUUUCAUAAUCGAUCAAAUUGGUCAUAAUACAUCGAAAAAAAAAUUUGAGACGAAGGAAAUACACUUUUCAUCGCCUGAAAUUGAAGAGCAAAUCUUUUCGAUUUACGGAUAUAAUCAAAUUAAGCGAUAUUUUAAACCAUUAUCUGAUGAAGUUCCAUUUGAGAUUAAUAAUGUUGAUGGAAACCCUAUGAAUUCUCGCACUGUUUUGCACCCAAAUGGAACAAAACGAUUCAAAGUCGUAUUUAAUCCUCAGAAAACCGGCGAAUUUUCUUACAAUUUCGUGUUACAUAUUAUUGGUAAUAAUAACCAAAUGCAUCGGAUUAAUUUAUCCGGAAUCGGAGAUAUUCCUCGCUUGAAUAUGGACCCGAAAUUCAUAUUCCCAAAUAUCAAAGGGAAAAAAACGAAUGAAAUUCAUGAUCCAACAUUUUUCGUCGAUACGAAAACCUUUGAUUUUGGUUUUUUAUUGACACCGAAAGAUAAAGAGACAAAAAUUCAUCACAAGACUUCAAGAUUCUCCUUCGUUAAUUGUUCGCUCAUUAAUGUUGAUGUGCAGUUCUCAUUGACGAGUGAAUCAUCGAAAAUUUUUAGUCUGGAUAAAUCUUCCGCUUCGAUCUCACCAGGAGAGAAAGAGACACUCAAAAUAAUAGCUAGCGCUCCUCAACUCGGUUCCAAUACCGAUAAACUAUUCAUUUCAAUUAUAAACAAUCCUCAAGUGGAAGAAAUAUUUCUUAAGUCUUCUGGAUGUAAUUUGGACAUUGAAAUUGACAGGAGAACCAUCAACUUUGGAAGAAUAUUAUUAUACAGGAAAGAUUGCAGAAGAGUUACUCUCAGAAAUAAAUCUCCAGUUCGAUUAUUUUGGAAAAUAAUGGACCUUUUUAAUUAUGAAAGUGGAAUAAACUCGCAAUUGUCUUUUUCGUCAUCUUCUGGACUCAUCGAACCGCUGAAUGAAAUUAAUUUUAAUGUUUAUUUUGAUGGACAAGUCGUUGGAAUCAUAGACAAACAAUCAAUUCCAGUAGGAUUUUUUCUUUUUAAAAAUGACAAAGAAUAUUUAUUGAUAGAGAACAUAAUAAUCUUGGCGGAAGUUUACGAUAUUUUUUUGGAAGUAAACGGCACAAAUCCCAUAGACCUAGGGAUUAUAAAAAUUGGAGAAAAAACAUCAAAGGGAUUUUCCUUGAAAAACCGCGGACAAUACAAUAUAAAUUUUAAAUACCUGUAA